AUGGUACCCGAGAAAUUGCAUGAAAAUAAACAAAUAGCCCAUGCAUUUGAUAACCUUGAUGAACAAGUGAAAUUGUCGAGUAUUGACAAAAUUCGGUAUCCUGAAUUGGAUUGGGAUGCUACAGUUAGGAUAUCGCAAGAUAUAUGCGAUGAUGAAAAGAAAUUUGUGCUAGAACGUAAAAAGUUCAUGCGGGAAAAAUUCGCCAAAUAUAUUGGUGUUAACAUAGAUGAGGUUGAUAUUUGUGACAUUCCAAUAAUAGCUUUUGGCGGAAGUGGCGGUGGAUUCCGGGCAAUGAUUACAACCACAGGCUAUUUUCGAGCUGCUCAAGAUUCUGGUGUAUGGGACCUUGGAACCUAUUUCUCUGGUGUAAGCGGCAGUUGCUGGAAUCUUGGUACACAAUACACAUCGAUAAUUGCCGAUACUGAAAACCCUCUCCAAGAAUUAAUCGAUCACUUUAAGAGACGACUCAAUUUUGCAAUUUACCAACCGAAUGGUCUAUUGAAAGCAUUAACUCAAACAAAUUCUCCUGAAACUGCUGUUGAACUUGUUUUUGGUGGAUUGGCACAAAAAAAAUUAUCGAAUGUUAAAUGCAAGGUUAUUGAUAUGUUUGGCUCAUUACUUGCAUCUCGUCUUUUACUUGGUGAAGAACCUACGAGCCAACAUCAGGAUUUCAAAUUAAGCGCACAAAGAAGAUUUUUGGUCGGCGGAAAAAAUCCGAUGCCUAUUUAUACUGCAAUCCAUCAUCGCCGCCCUUGGAAAGAUACUAUGACGCCCGAAGAAGCUGCCACAUUACCUAAUUAUAAAACAGUUUUAGAAGAACACAAGAAAAAACCCGACCAUUUUCAAUGGUUUGAAUUCACACCAUUUGAAAUCGGAUGUGACGAAUUUCCAGCAUGGGUUCCUAGUUGGGCUUUUGGGCGACAAUUUGAAGAUGGAAAAAAUUUGGAACGUUUGCCAGAGAGAAAUUUUGCUCUGCUCUUUGGCGUGUUUGGUUCUGCACCCGCAGCUCCUCUUAGUAAAGAUAUUGAACAAUUUAAACUUUUCUUACCUGAGGGAUGGCUCAAAAAAACUUGGAAUAAUUUAUAUACGGAGGUAUUUGAGAAAGCUGGGAAAGAAAAACAAUUGAAAUUUGAAGGACAUCACAUUAUGUCUCAAUCCAUCGAUAGAAACUUCCUCUAUCAUUUAUACCCGCCGCCGUACACACCAGGUGUGCAAACAUCACCAUUCAUUGAUUUUGUGGAUGCCGGAGCUUCAAAUGAUCUCCCACUUUAUCCAUUCACACAUCCCGGACGUAAAAUCGACAUUAUAAUUGGAGUUGAUUCGUCGAGUCAAAUAAUUGAUCAUAAAUAUUUUGAAGAUGAACAAAGAAUAUUUACAGCGCGCCGUGGAUUAAAAAGGGUAAGACGCGAGGGUAUUCCAGAGAGCAAAUACAUAGAAGUCUACGACUAUAUUCCGACAAACGAGACAGACAAUGAUUAUACACCUGCCGCCAAUCACGAAUCGACAUUGAUCUAUAUGCCAUUUCUGCCUAAUGAAAAAGUCGAUAAGGAUUUCGUGCCUAGCACUGAAAAAUUUACUCGAUUUAAUAAUUUCAUUUAUAAACCUGAUCAAAUUGAUCUGGUUGUUAAUUUGGCAAGACAAAAUUGGAAAGAGGGCGAAGAAAUUGUAAAGUCUGUUGUUAAAAGUUGUUGGGAAAAGAAAAAAGCGGCGAGAUUAAACGGAAAUAAUACUUGA